GGGAGACGUAUUAAUGUAGCGUUUAUAUACAUAUAUUUACCUAAAACAUAUAUGUAUGUGUAACUAACGAGCAGCCCCUAUGUACGCGUGUACAUAAUGGUAUAUAUUGCCAUGUAGCGGAUGUAGUAUCGGCAGAUACAUACAGUCUCUAGUAGUACAUUGACAGCUAAGUUAAAAUCAAGUGCCGGUGCCGGGUACGAGAGUAUCUCAGAUUGAAGCGGAGGUUUAAGCGAGUACUCUACGUGCACAUCACACUCAAUUUCAGGUUCAUGACGGUCUGCAUGUCUGUUGGCAUCGAAUUCUUUCAUUAUCACUGUGUACUUUCUUGAUGCCGUUUACCCGCACACUUUAGAGUAGCAGGCGAAACGGCAAGUUUUUGUUCCUGGGAGUAUAUAACAAGGCAAUACUCCAUUGCACGCAAAGGAGUGCGUGGGGCAUAGUGCAACCAAAUCAGAACUGGGACAUCAGAUCUUGCAUGGUACAGUGGUAGACAGCUAUAAUGUGAGUAACCAUGACUGAUACAAUAGACUCGCGUGUGGUGUCCACGGACACACUACCAAACUCUACGAUAGCACAGCAGUCGUGCGUUACAUUCACAUGUGAUACCAAAGUGUUCCCGGUGAGCGAUGAGAGCGCCACUGUGUACUAUGAUGAGGGCAUGCAGCAAGUGUUGGUGGUACGCUGGAAAGCCACCUAUGCGAUGGUAUACAUGAUGUCGUUUACGCGCCAGUGGGAGGAGCUUGUUUUCCGACUACCGAAUACACAAAUCAUUAAUUCAAUCAAGUUGUCCAAAGACCUGCGUGUAGCGGCUGUGCACCGUUCCAUGUGUGUCGUUGACUUCUUCGAUCCAGAUGAUGAUACGGGGCCCAUACACGCAAUCGCCGGUAGGUACGCGAACUCAAAGAUACUGCGUUUCUAUUGGCUGCACACCAGAGACUUUGUGCUCAUCACCGAGAAUACGGUGGAGCUUCAUCAGUUGUCAGCGGACGGCCGGAGCUCCAAAAUGGUCAAGUACUAUGGUCUCACACUGGAUUGGUCGGUCUUCUCGCACUCGGCGCAGUUCUUGGUGGUGUGCAGUGCAUCGCAUCCCUCGCUGCACACGUACAGCUUUCAGACCGAAGGGAGUGUCACACGCCACUCUCGGGUGGACUGCCUGAACAGUUACCAGACCUCCGGUAGCAUUCACGAGCACUUGAGCGAGAGGGAUAUAAGUAUCUUCCAAGUAUACGACCAGCUUUACGUCACACGAGUCCGCAACCAGGUGCAACGGGGAAAUCAGCACGGCAUGGAGGUAGACAUGUUCCGCGUUACCAAGGAGGCCGCGCUCAAGGAGUACGUGCUCUACUGGAACCUGGCCCCUCAGGCGAAUACGACUAGAAUCUUCGCACUCACUUCAGACGAUAAUCACAUCAUCGUGCACCACCAAGCCUCCAAAACAUGUGCGGUGUUUGAUAUUCUGCAUUCGGAAACGGAUCUGAACACCAAAACCAUAGCUGGUAGUGUUUUAAGCGGCAGCAAAUCCUCUCUUACCAUCUCGAGGAGUCCAUCGGCACUACACAGCCGAGGGCCCUCAAACGUGGGCUCCACACCACGUAUUCGCAGUACGAGCAGCUCGCGCAGCUUAGUCAUAAACACAGUCAAGUUUGUGUAUCCCCUGGUGAAGGGCCAGCCACCGCAUGCAGCUAUGGGACAGACACUCCCAGACAAAGUGUACUCGGGUGGGUGGGCACUAUUCCAGCCCAACAUAGGCUUAGACGCUCAGCAAGGGCGACUGUGGCGCAUAUCUGUGUGUGUGGAAGGAGUGUGUGCAAGCAUUGCUGAGGCCGCCGAGAGAGUAGACUACCUUCUGCGACGGAGCAACUCUAAAUGCUUGCUCAUCAAUUGUGCCAGAGACUGUUUUGCCGCUGAAACAGUCGACCAGCAAAUGGCCAAUAACAUCAAAUCGCCAUCAUACCCAAUACGCGGGCCAAUUACCACACCUGCCACUUCGAACCAUGAGAGAAAAAAGUCUCGCUCGCCAUCUAGGCCCAGGCCGGCAGUACAGGUGAACGUGAAUUCCUCAGCAACCACCACCAUAUCCCCAAACAAGCCUGUAACGAUCGCGUCAUCAACACGCCGUGAGCUUCUUAUGGAACUGCUUGUGUCUUCACUAGCUAAAUGGCAAACGCAGGAAGCUGCACAUCAACGACAAGACCAACAACAGUUGAACCAAGUGUUCUCGAGACUCAACCUGGUCACGUACUCUAAACCGGCGCCAGGUGGAUACUCUGCGCUUCCCUGGCAAUCGGUGACCAAUGUAUCGCGCAACAGGCGGUCCGCUAUUCAUGCCAGUAGUCCUGUUAUAUCGCCCAGCGGCACGAGUCCAACCCGGGUCGCCGCUGGCCGCAGCCCAUCCCGCAGUCGACCGCGCACCACAAGCGACGAACUGAACAUGAUGCGGAACGACUCAGCCGCAGAUGCUCAGACAUCAGAGACAGCCACCACUACGGAGUGUAUGUAUACAGAGGACAGUCACGGUACAAAUACGGCUGAAAUGCUCCUCACACGCCUGCGAUGUGCUAUUAAAACGGAGAGCAGUAAGGUGGGGGCUUCAGCACGUGCUCGUGCUCGUGCGGAUGAGCACACAGCAGAAGGUAACAACAACGCACUACCAGAGGGCAUGUCACAGGAGAGACGUACGUGCGAUGUGUGCUGCCAGCGACUGGGAUUGGCUCGGGAUACAGCUGGUGACAACACAGACGAACAAUCGAAAGACGAUGGUAAUAAACACAACCAGUCAUCUGCUAGUGGGUAUGAGAGACCCUGUAUCUGCACGAGCCAGGCACGUGCACAACGCCAUAUACCUGCGACGGCGCAUGUUGGCGGGUGCGGUCUGGAGUGCGAUAAAUCAUUGAGCUUGGAGCACAGCAUAGCACAACAGGUGCGUGCUGAGCGACGCGUGAUUCCGGUCAUGCUACAAAUGGAUAUGCUGGACUAUAUCUUCCGACCGCUCGUUUGCAAAAUCACGACGAAGAAUAGGAGACACAGCGGCAAACGCAUGAUUCACAUGCUCUUCCAGUUCAGGCGAGCGCUCGUCGGCCAUGGUAUAGCACCACUCCCGGAACUCGAUGCAGAGAUUUCUAGCCUGCUUAUACGCCUGUGUCAGGUGCAACGACUGACAACUGUAUUACGGUCUAAAAUAAUUAGACCGUCACGCUUGGUACUCUGGACGAUUUUAACUACACCAAUCAGCAAGCAUUGGGUCCCUAGCAAUGCCCAAACGUUGUGCCAUGGCUGUACGACACUGAAUGGGUCUGAUUUAGACCUGCAAAGCAGUGCUUCGCCAGCCCGUGUCAAUGAGCUGUACUGCAAUCAAAAUGUCGAGUAUUGCACGUGCAUACUGCACAGAGACCUUCACCAGCCAUGCAAUGAACGCUACAGUUUUGCGACUGCGGAGAUGAUGCUGUACCUGAAGGAUUCUCCGCAAGUCUUGCAACAACUCCUCAUGAACCAGACCGGUCUUCGGGACAACUCCACUUUAAUAUUAAGGACGGCUAGCUGCGGUUCGAAUCCGCUGAUGCUCUAUAAUAUCGUGGAGUAUUAUGAGCGGGUCCGCAAUAGAAUACGAGCGGACAAUGAGAAGCUCCGUGAGGAUGCAGAUGGGUCUACAGUUCAUUUAGAUAACGAUCCUGCUGGAUGUUUACGUGACUUUGAGCAAUAUAGAGCACUCGCAAGAGAACGGUGUGCAUGUUUAGGAGACCAAUAAAAUCAUGUGUUACAAAGCC